CAUCUAGCGGUCGGUCGUACCAGCUGGUGAUGCUUCCCGCGCACAUUUAUGGCGGGAGAUUCGGAGCGACGCCCGUCCUGUCAUGUCCGAGGUGUUUUAUGCUCCCCAGGGAGAGAACGGCCAUUGUGUCCCAACUGCAGCAACCACAACUCUCUGCAGCGUGUUGAAUACAAACAGAGUUACCAUAGCAGCCAAGACAGAGGAAAGAGGCAUCUAAGUCUAGAGAUUAGUCGUCUUUCUCUCCUGUCCCGGCACACAUGAACUGAACAAAUCUCUGCCACCUACAUACAGAAAACAUGGACGAAACGGUGCCCGCCACCACAGACAAGAGGCUGCAAUUCCUAGAAGAAUACGUCCUGAAGACUCUAAAACUGAAGCCGGACCGCUGGCAGAAAUGCCUGUCCACCGAGGAGAACAAGGGCAUGUUCCAGGAAUUCUUGGAGAAGGCGGAUCAGAUGGUGCUGGUGGUGGCUCUCAACCCGGCCGGGCUGCUGUUUCCCCUCUUGGAGUUCCCUAAUUCUAUCAAGAAUAAAGGCGUGUAUUUCUUAAAAAGGACCAAUGGCUUCCUCAGUGCCGACUCCAUGAAGAGUAGUUUAAUCUAUGGUGAUUUGUCCUACGCUCCCCUGGAUCACUUCUCCGCAUUGGUGGAAGAGGUUAUUGUUCCGGUUCUGGCCAAUCAGAAGAACCAUCAGAACUGGCCACAUGUUGUGUCCCAGGACGUUAUGCGCCAUGUAAAUAACUUGAAAAGCAGCACGUUUGUCAUGGUGGGCCAGGUGCGGGGGAAGACGCUGCUGCCAUUACCCUCAGGGUCGGAGAAGGUGGAAUACAUCGACUAUGACAGUGAGAAGAACGACAACCUGGACAAGACAAUCAUCCACGCCAUUGAGUCGGCAAUCAUUCACUGGAGCCAUCAGGUUCGCGGGGUGCUGAAGAGGGAGUCAGCCGAGCAACUAUUACUGGGGAAGAAUCCAAACCCAAGUGUAGAGCUGGAUUUCUGGAAAAACAGAUAUGCAGACCUGGAAUGUAUAUACAAUCAGCUGAAAACCAGGAAGGUGCGAAAGAUGGCCGAGCUGCUUGAGAAAAUGGAGAGCAGCUACUUUCCAGCAUUCAAAGCCUUGUUCAGGGACGUUGUAGCAGCCCUGUCAGAAGCCCAGGAUAUCAAUCUCUAUCUGAAGCCCCUCCAGCGACAUUUUGAAGAAAUCGAAAAUGUUGAAUUCAAUGAGGUGAAACCACUGAUUGUUCCUCUAAUGCAUAUGUUGUGCCUGGUGUGGUCUCAGUCCAAAUACUAUAACACCCCUGCGCGGAUUAUCGUCCUGAUGCAAGAGAUCUACAACCUGUUCAUCCAGCAGGCUCGGAACUACUUAAACCCAGAAGACCUGUUGAAAGGGGAAACGGAAGAAAGUGUGGCUCGUGUCCAGGAGGUUCUCUCCGUCCUGCGAUCUCUGAUGAACACGUUUGAAGAGAGCAGGGACAAGCUGCCGAGCUACUUUAAAAGUGGUCAGGAGGUGAAAACAUGGGACUUUCCACCCAUACUUGUGUUUGCAAGACUGGAUUGCUUCAUAAGGAGACUGGAAACCAUUGAGGAUUUAUUACUCACAGCCCUGGAUAUGAUGAAACUGGAGAAAGUUGAGUUUGGUGGCAUUAAAGGGAAAGUUCUUAGUCGGACGGUGGCCGAUAUGUACCAGGAGUUCCAAGAUGCGUAUAAAGUGUUCUCCGAGAGAACGUACGACUGCCUGGACACAGAGAACAAGGAAUUCGAGGAGGAUGUCUCUGAUUUCAAGCUGAAUGUUGAGGACAUGGACAGGAGGCUGGGGACGGUGUUCUCCCUGGCGUUUGAUGACACCUCGUGCCUAGAGCAUGCGUUUCGGCUUCUGGAUAUGUUCGGGAGCCUCCUGGACAGGCCCAUCAUCGCACAGGAUGCUUUUGAUAAAUACCCGCUGCUCAUCACCAUGUUCGAGGAAGAACUGGACAACUCAAAAGCCAUCUAUGACCAACACAUGCUGGAGGUCAAGGAACAAGGAUAUCCACAGAUAAAUAAGAAUAUGCCACUGGUCUCCGGAAAUCUGAAUUGGGCUAAACAACUGAGAGAGAGGCUGCAGACCCCGUACAGCAACUUCCGCCAUAUCACACAGCCGUGUAUGGAGUCAGCAGAAGGUCAAAGAAUGAAGCAGAAGUACGAGGAGAUGAUGUCUCUAUUGGACCAGUACAUAGAAAAGCUUUAUGAAGAAUGGUGCCAGACAGUGUCGGAGAAGUCUCAGUAUAAUCUCAUGCGUCCGCUCCUCACACGUGAUGAAGACUCCAAGCUCAUUAAAGUCAAUUUUGACCCUCAGCUGGUGUCUGUUCUUCGGGAAGUGAAAUACCUCCAAACGCUUCGCAUGGAAACCAUACCAAAGGAGGCCGAAGACAUCUUCUCUACCAAGGAGUCCUACAGACAGUACACUGCGAAUCUGGAACUGUCCACCAACUGGUACAACAAAAUUCUAAGCACCAUACUGGAGGUGGAGUUCCCCCUAGUGGAGGGGCAGCUUAAAGAGAUUGAUAUUCGACUAAAAUCAGCAGAAGAAACAUUAAACUGGAAAGCACAUGGAGUUUGGGAUUACAUCCAGCAAGUUAGAGAUACCAUCCACGAUCUGGAGAGAAGGGUACAGAAGGCCCGGGACAAUGUGGAAGAAAUCCAGUCCAUCAUGAAGACGUGGGUGCUGCCCAUAUUUGAGAGGAAGGAUGGCAAAAAAGACACUCUUCUUAACCUUGACGAUCGGAGCGAACGUCUGGAGAAGAGAUAUAACCUCAUCCGGGAAUCUGGCCACAAAAUUCACCAACUUGUGCAGGAGAAUAUGCAACUCUUCUCUGCAGACCCGGAUUCUGAUGUGUGGAAAGCCUACGAGGAUUACAUAGACGAGAUGGUUCUUGAUGGGUUCUUUAAUGCUAUUGAAUGCUCCCUGAAGUUUAUCAUGGAUAACAUGGAUACCAAGGCUGGACUCUCUCCUUUAUUUGAGGUACAACUAGACCUCGUAAUACCAGACAUGGUGUUCCGACCAUCCUUGGAUCUCGGAAUCAGUGAUGGCUUAUAUGACAUUGUAGAAGGCCUCAUCAAUGAUAUCUACAGAAUUUCCUCUUUGGUGCCUCGGCUCUCAAAAACCAGCACCUUCCCUAAUUACCAGGUGGAUAUGGAAGACAUGGCGGACUUGGCAGAUAUGCGUAACUUCUUAAUGGAAAGUGUCCAAAACAUGAUGACCACAUGCACUGAAUAUCGAAACUCCUUCGACCAGCAUGCCUACCUGUACGUGGAUGACCGUAAAGAGUUCAUGCGUCAGUUCCUCCUGUAUGGCCAUGUACUGACCCCAGAAGAGAUAGAAGCUCAUGCUGAGGAUGGGGUCCCAGAAACACCUCCCACCUUACUACAGUUUAGAGAACAGAUAGACUCCUAUGAGAAAAUCUAUGUGGAAGUGAACCAAAUGGAGCCAGUAAAUGUAUUUGAUUAUUGGAUGAAGGUGGAUGCCCAGCCUUUGAAAUCUGCCCUACUUAAUGUGAUCAAGAGAUGGAGCCUGAUGUUCAAGCAGCAUCUGAUUGACCAUGUAACAAACAGUUUGUCAGAUCUAGAAGAAUUUAUCAAAGUGGCGGAACAUGGGUUAGGUAAACAGCUGAAGGAAGGAGACCUCAAUGGUCUGGUGGAAAUAAUGGGUCACUUAAUGGCCGUGAAGGAUCGGCAGAGCAGCACCGAUGAGUUGUUUGAGCCCUUGAAGCAGACCAUAGAGCUCCUAAAGGUCUAUGAGCAGGAACUCCCUGAUGAAGUCUACAAACAGCUUGAGGAACUUCCAGAGAAAUGGAACAACAUUAAGAAGAUGGCCAUUACUGUAAAGCAACAAGUAGCACCGUUGCAAGCCAAUGAAGUGACGCUUCUCCGCAGGAAGUGCGCUUCCUUUGAUGUUCAGCAAUUUACUUUCAGAGAGAAGUUCCGCAAGGAGGCGCCUUUCAGAUUUGACAGCAUCUCUCCAUACCAGACACUUGAUCUCAAACAUCAGGAAAUCCAAAAAAUGGAGGCCACCAUGGCUUCUAUAUACGAGUCUGCAGCUUUAUUUGAAGUCAACGUUCCAGACUACAGGCAGCUGAAGCAAUGCAGGAAGGAAGUGUGCCUGCUUAAGGAGCUCUGGGACAUGAUCAGUCUGGUGACAUCCAGUAUGACCGACUGGCAAACUACAAGGUGGAGAGAGAUCAAUGUGGAAAACAUGGACCUGGAAUGUAAAAGGUUCGCAAAGGACAUCCGAAAUCUGGACAAGGAGAUGAGGGCAUGGGAUGCUUUCACUGGGCUUGACAACCAAGUGAAAAAUAUAUUGACAUCUUUAAGGGCUGUGGCAGAACUUCAGAAUCCAGCCAUCCGUGAAAGACACUGGAGUCAACUCAUGCAAGCCACCGGCGUCCGCUUCACCAUGGACGAAGACACUACUCUUGCCGACCUGCUAAAACUCAACCUCCAUAAUUUCGAGGAUGAAGUGCGUGGCAUUGUGGACAAAGCUGUGAAAGAGAUGGGCAUGGAGAAAGUGCUGAAGGAACUGGAUACCACCUGGAGCGGAAUGAACUUUCAGUAUGAGCCCCACCCCCGUACUAAUGUGCCUCUGAUUAAAUCAGACGAAGAGCUCAUUGAGACCUUGGAAGACAAUCAAGUUCAGCUCCAGAAUCUAAUGACUUCCAAGUACAUCGCCUUCUUCUUAGAAGAAGUCUCCGGCUGGCAGAAGAAGCUAUCCACUGCUGACUCUGUGAUCUCCAUCUGGUUUGAAGUCCAGCGCACCUGGUCCCAUCUUGAGAGCAUUUUCAUUGGUUCAGACGACAUUCGCUCACAACUUCCUGAGGACUCCAAGAGAUUUGAAGGUAUCGACACAGAUUUCAAAGAAUUGGCCCAAGAUGCUAAAAGGACUCCAAAUGUCGUUGAAGCCACCAACAAGCCAGGACUGUACGACAAGCUGGAGGAUAUUCAGGAAAGGUUAUCUUUAUGUGAAAAAGCUUUGGCCGAAUACCUGGACACCAAGAGACUGGCAUUUCCCAGAUUUUAUUUCAUAUCCUCAGCAGAUUUAUUGGACAUCCUGUCCAACGGAACCAAUCCACAACUCGUCAUGCGCCAUCUUUCCAAACUGUUCGACAACAUGGCAAAGAUGAAAUUCGAAGAUGGAGAAUCCAAGACUGGCCUCGGCAUGUACAGCAAAGAGGACGAAUACGUCACAUUCAACGAGUCUUGUGACUGCAGCGGCCAGGUGGAAACCUGGCUGAAUCGGGUUCUGGACUCCAUGAGGGCCACCGUAAGGCAUGAAAUGACUGAAGCCGUCACUGCAUAUGAGGAGAAGCCCAGGGAGCAAUGGCUGUUUGACUACCCUGCCCAGGUGGCUCUUACCUGCACACAGAUUUGGUGGACCACUGAGGUUGGCAUCUCUUUUGCUCGGCUGGAAGAAGGCUAUGAGAAUGCCAUGAAGGAGUAUUACAAGAAACAAGUCAACCAGCUAAACACCCUCAUCACUAUGCUGAUCGGUCAGCUGUCCAAGGGGGACAGGCAGAAAAUCAUGACGAUAUGUACCAUUGAUGUUCACGCUCGUGACGUGGUUGCUAAAAUGAUUGCACAGAAGGUUGACAAUGCCCAGGCUUUCGUGUGGCUGUCUCAGCUCAGGCACCGCUGGGACGAUGACAAGAAGCAUUGCUUUGCCAACAUCUGUGAUGCCCAGUUCAUCUACUCUUAUGAAUAUCUUGGCAACACUCCCCGGCUGGUUAUCACUCCUCUUACAGAUAGAUGUUACAUUACUUUAACCCAGUCCCUUCAUCUCACCAUGAGCGGAGCGCCUGCUGGACCAGCUGGUACUGGUAAGACGGAAACCACUAAAGACUUGGGCCGAGCUCUUGGCAUCAUGGUAUACGUCUUCAACUGCUCUGAACAGAUGGACUACAAGUCCUGUGGAAACAUCUACAAGGGUCUCUCACAGACCGGAGCCUGGGGUUGUUUUGAUGAGUUUAACCGAAUCUCAGUAGAGGUGUUGUCUGUGGUCGCUGUGCAGGUGAAGAGUAUACAAGAUGCCAUAAGGGACAAGAAAAAGAGAUUUAACUUCCUAGGAGAGGAGAUCAAUCUCAUUCCAUCUGUCGGGAUCUUCAUCACCAUGAAUCCAGGCUACGCUGGCCGUACCGAACUUCCAGAAAAUCUCAAGGCUCUGUUCAGGCCCUGUGCGAUGGUGGUCCCUGAUUUUGAGUUGAUCUGUGAGAUUAUGUUGGUGGCAGAAGGAUUUAUUGAAGCCAGGCUACUGGCCAGGAAGUUUAUUACCCUCUACCAGCUGUGCAAAGAACUUCUGUCUAAACAGGACCACUACGACUGGGGUCUGAGAGCUAUCAAAUCUGUGUUGGUGGUAGCUGGUUCCCUGAAGAGAGGAGACCCUGAUCGCCCUGAAGACCAGGUCCUCAUGAGAGCUCUGCGUGACUUCAACAUUCCCAAGAUAGUCACAGAUGACAUGCCUGUCUUCAUGGGUCUGAUCGGAGAUCUUUUCCCAGCGCUGGAUGUGCCCAGAAAGAGAGAUAUGGAUUUUGAGACAUUUGUAAAACAAGCGGUUUUGGACCUGAAACUGCAAGCGGAAGACAACUUUGUGUUAAAGGUUGUCCAGCUGGAAGAGUUGCUUGCUGUUCGCCAUUCUGUGUUCAUCGUUGGCAAUGCUGGAACCGGGAAGUCUCAGGUACUGAAGUCCCUGAACAAGACCUAUGGGAUCAUGAAGCGGCGUCCAGUGUGGACCGACCUGAAUCCAAAAGCGGUCACCAACGACGAGCUCUUUGGCAUUAUAAAUCCGUCCACGCGAGAGUGGAAAGACGGUCUGUUCUCCUCAGUCAUGCGUGAACUGGCCAACAUUACACACGAUGGACCCAAGUGGAUAGUACUUGAUGGAGAUAUUGAUCCAAUGUGGAUUGAGUCCUUGAAUACAGUCAUGGAUGAUAAUAAGGUCCUGACUCUGGCCAGUAAUGAGCGAAUCCCACUAAAUCCAACCAUGAGGCUGGUGUUUGAGAUCAGUCACCUGAGGACCGCCACGCCAGCUACAGUCUCCAGAGCAGGGAUCCUGUACAUCAACCCCGCAGACCUGGGCUGGAACCCACCAGUCACGAGCUGGAUAGACAAGCGGGAGGUCCAGUCCGAGAGAGCCAAUCUGACCAUUCUGUUUGACAAGUAUCUGCCUGCGUGCUUGGACACUCUCCGAACCAGAUUCAAGAAGAUUAUACCCGUUCCAGAGCAGAGCAUGGUCCAGAUGUUGUGUUACCUACUGGAAUGUCUCCUGACCAAAGAGAACACCCCCCCUGACUGCCCCAAGGAGCUCUACGAGCUGUACUUUGUCUUUGGCGCGGUGUGGGCCUUCGGAGGAGCGAUGUUCCAGGAUCAGUUGAUAGACUACAGAGUGGAGUUCAGUAAAUGGUGGACAACAGAAUUCAAGACCAUCAAGUUCCCAUCCCAGGGCACCGUCUUUGACUAUUACAUCGACCCAGAGACCAAGAAGUUUGAGCCAUGGUCGAAACUCAUCCCCAAGUUUGAAUUUGAUCCAGAUAUGCCCCUACAGGCUUGUUUGGUUCACACCACUGAGACAAUCCGAGUCCGCUACUUUAUGGACAAACUUCUGGAGAACAGGAGGCCGGUGAUGCUGGUGGGCAAUGCCGGCACUGGGAAGUCAGUACUGGUGGGAGACAAGUUAUCAUCUCUGGACCCCGACGAGUAUCUGAUCAAGAAUGUUCCCUUCAACUACUACACUACGUCAGCCAUGCUGCAAGCCAUUCUAGAGAAACCAUUAGAGAAGAAAUCUGGUAGGAACUACGGUCCCCCAGGAACCAAGAAGCUCAUCUACUUCAUUGAUGACAUGAACAUGCCGGAGGUGGACACCUAUGGGACCGUGCAGCCGCACACAUUGAUCCGGCAACACAUGGACUAUGGUCACUGGUACGACCGGAACAAGCUGACCAUGAAAGAGAUAAUGAACGUCCAAUAUGUGUCCUGUAUGAACCCCACUGCCGGCAGCUUCACCAUCAACCCCCGGCUACAGAGACAUUUCAGUGUAUUUGCUCUGUCCUUCCCCGGUACGGACGCUCUCUCCACCAUCUAUAACACCAUCCUCAUCCAGCAUCUUAAGGUGGGAAAUUUCCCUGCUGCUCUGCAGAAGACGACCCUGCAGCUGAUCAACCUGGCCCUGUCCCUUCACCAAAAAGUGACCUCCACUUUCCUGCCCACGGCCAUCAAGUUUCACUACAUCUUCAACCUGCGGGACCUGUCCAACAUCUUCCAGGGCAUCUUGUUCUCCACCCCGGACUGUCUGAAAACGCCUCAGGACUUAGUGAAGCUUUAUCUGCACGAGUCAAACCGCGUCUAUCGUGACAAAAUGGUGGAAGAGAAAGACUUUGACACAUUCGACAAGAUACAGACAGACAUGGUGAAGAAGUUCUAUGACGACAUCGACGAGACGCUGGAACAAGUGAAGUCUAUGAACAUGUUUUGCCAUUUCGCCAACGGUGUUGGAGAGCCAAAGUACAUGCCAGUCCAGUCUUGGCAGUCGCUGAACAAAAUCCUUGUGGACGCCCUGGACAACCACAACGAGGUCAACGCAGCGAUGAACCUGGUGCUGUUUGAGGAUGCCAUGAGCCACAUUUGCAGAAUCAACCGCAUUCUGGAGUCCCCAAGGGGAAACGCUCUGCUGGUCGGUGUCGGGGGGAGCGGGAAGCAAAGUUUGACAAGACUGGCAGCUUAUAUUAGCUCCUUGGAGGUCUUCCAGAUCACUUUAAGGAAAGGCUACGGCAUCUCGGAUCUCAAGGCUGACCUUGCAAACCAGUAUAUUAAAGCUGGAGUGAAGAAUGUGGGGACAGUUUUCCUGAUGACUGACGCUCAAGUUUCUGAUGAGAAGUUCCUUGUACUAGUCAAUGACUUGCUGGCAUCUGGUGAGAUCCCGGACCUAUUCCCAGAUGAUGAGGUGGAAAAUAUUAUUGGAAGCGUCAGGAAUGAAGUGAAGAGCCAAGGUCUGAUGGACACAAGAGAAAACUGCUGGAAAUUUUUCAUUGACAGAGUCAGGAGACAACUGAAAGUCGCUCUGUGCUUCUCCCCAGUUGGUAAUAAGCUACGGGUUCGAAGCAGAAAAUUUCCUGCAGUGGUGAACUGCACAGCAAUUGAUUGGUUCCAUGAGUGGCCACAGGAGGCGCUAGAGUCUGUCAGCUUGCGUUUCCUCCAGGAGACAGAGAACAUUGAGGCACCUGUCAAGGACUCCAUCAGUAAAUUUAUGGCCUAUGUGCACACCAGUGUGAAUGAGAUGUCCAAAUCCUACCUGAGCAACGAGCGACGCUACAACUACACCACCCCCAAGUCUUUCCUGGAGCAGAUCAAGCUCUACCAGAACCUGCUGAGUAAGAAGCGCAAGGAGCUUGCUGCCAAGAUGGAACGUCUGGAGAAUGGCUUGGAGAAGUUGAACAGCACUUCUGCUCAGGUGGACGACCUGAAAGCCAAACUCGCAGCGCAGGAGGUGGAGCUAAAGCAGAAGAACGAAGAUGCAGAUAAACUCAUCCAGGUGGUUGGGGUGGAGACUGAGAAGGUGGAGAAGGAGAAGGCCAUAGCUGAUGAGGAGGAAAAGAAAGUGGCCGUCAUAGCUGAGGAGGUCGGGAAGAAGCAGAAGGACUGUGAGACAGAUUUGGCCAAAGCAGAACCAGCUUUAGUGGCUGCUCAAGAAGCCCUGAACACCCUGAACAAGAACAAUCUGACAGAGCUGAAGUCUUUUGGUUCCCCACCUUCAGCUGUCACCAACGUCACAGCAGCCGUCAUGGUCCUCACAGCCCCCGGUGGUAGAGUCCCCAAAGACAGGAGCUGGAAGGCCGCCAGAGUGGUCAUGGGCAAAGUAGAUAGCUUCUUAGACUCCCUAAUAAACUUUAAUAAGGAGAAUAUUCAUGAAAACUGCAUAAAGGCCAUUCAGCCCUACCUGCAAGACCCAGAGUUCAACCAAGAAUUCAUUGCUGCCAAAUCCCUGGCGGCCGCUGGACUCUGCUCCUGGGUUAUCAACAUUGUCAAGUUCUAUGAGGUUUACUGUGAAGUGGAGCCAAAACGCCAAGCACUGAACAAAGCAAACGCUGAACUGGCUGCCGCAGAGGAGAAACUGUCCACCAUCAAAGCCAAAAUUGCCCUCCUGAAUGAAAAUCUUGCCAAACUGACAGAUAAGUUUCAGAAGGCGACUGCAGACAAGCUGAAAUGUCAACAAGAGGCCGAUGCCACCGCUCUCACCAUCUCUCUGGCCAACCGGCUGGUCGGAGGACUAGCCUCAGAGAACGUCAGGUGGGCCGAAGCUGUCAGGAACUUCAAGCUGCAGGAGAGCACGCUAUGUGGAGACGUCCUCCUCAUCACCGCCUUCGUCUCAUACCUCGGUUACUUCACCAAGAAGUACAGACUAGAACUUAUGGACCAGACCUGGAAACCGUAUCUCAAGGAGCUUAAGGUACCUAUCCCAGUGACAGAGUCUUUGGACCCCCUAACUAUGCUAUCCGACGACGCAGACAUCGCAGCCUGGCAAAAUGAAGGGCUUCCUGCCGAUCGUAUGUCAACAGAGAACGCCACCAUCCUCACCAGCUGUGAGAGAUGGCCUCUGAUGGUGGACCCACAGCUACAGGGUAUCAAGUGGAUCAAGAACAAGUAUGGAGAAGACCUGCGAGUGAUCCGGAUCGGACAAAGAGGAUACCUGGACACCCUGGAGCGAGCCCUGGGAGGAGGGGACGUGGUGCUGAUUGAGAAUUUAGAGGAGAGUGUGGACCCCGUCCUGGGACCGUUACUGGGAAGAGAAACCAUAAAGAAAGGAAGGUACAUUAAGAUUGGUGACAAGGAGUGCGAGAACAGUCCCAACUUCCGACUAAUUCUGCACACAAAACUCGCCAACCCGCAUUACCAGCCCGAGAUGCAGGCGCAGUGCACACUGAUCAACUUUACGGUCACCCGGGAUGGGCUGGAGGACCAGCUGCUGGCGGCGGUGGUGAGCAUGGAGCGGCCGGACCUGGAGGAGCUGAAGUCAAAUCUGACCAAGCAGCAGAACGGAUUUAAGAUCACCCUGAAGACUCUGGAAGACAAUCUGCUGUCUCGCCUCUCAUCCGCCUCUGGAAAUUUCCUCGGGGACAUAGAAUUGGUGGAGAACCUCGAAAUCACCAAGAAGACGGCCGCCGAAAUAGAAGAGAAGGUUCAAGAAGCCAAAGUGACUGAAGUGAAACUGAAUGAAGCUCGUGAACACUAUCGCCCGGCCGCCGCUCGCGCCUCUCUGCUCUACUUUAUAAUGAACGACCUAAACAAGAUCCAUCCCAUGUACCAGUUCUCCCUGAAGGCGUUCAGCGUUGUUUUCCAGCAGGCUGUCCAGAAGGCUCCGGCAGACGAGGUCCUGAAGCAGCGCGUCACUAACCUCAUUGACAGCAUCACCUUCUCCGUCUUCCAGUACACAACCAGGGGCCUCUUCGAGUGUGACAAACUGACGUACACUGCACAAGUCGCCUUCCAGAUCCUGCUGAUGAGUAAGGAGAUAAAUACGGUUGAGUUAGAUUUCCUCCUGAGGUACCCAGCUCAGCCCGGCCUGACAAGCCCUGUAGAUUUCCUCUCCAACCAGUCCUGGGGUGGCAUCAAGGCUCUUUCAUCCAUGGAUGAGUUCCGAAACUUGGAUCGAGAUAUAGAAGGGUCAGCCAAGCGCUGGAAGAAGUUUGUGGAGUCAGAAUGUCCAGAAAAGGAAAAGUUUCCUCAGGAAUGGAAGAGCAAGACCGCCCUUCAAAGACUGUGUAUGAUGAGAGCGCUACGCCCUGACCGCAUGACUUAUGCCGUUAGGGACUUUGUGGAGGAAAAGCUGGGUAGUAAAUAUGUAGUGGGUAGAUCCCUUGACUUUGCAACAUCGUACGAGGAGUCUGGGCCGAGCACGCCAAUGUUCUUUAUCUUAUCUCCUGGUGUGGACCCCCUGAAAGAUGUUGAGAAACAAGGCAGAAAACUCGGUUAUACGUUUGACAAUCAGAACCUACAUAACGUGUCUCUAGGGCAGGGACAGGAGGUCGUAGCCGAGCAAGCGCUGGAUCUGGCAGCCAAGGAAGGACACUGGGUCAUCCUGCAGAACAUUCAUCUAGUGGCCAAAUGGCUGAGCACCCUGGAGAAGAAGCUGGAACAUCUCAGUGAAGGCAGCCAUCCCAAUUUCCGUGUGUUCAUCAGUGCCGAGCCUGCUGGGUCACCCGACGGCCACAUCAUUCCUCAGGGUAUACUGGAAAACUCCAUCAAAAUCACCAACGAGCCUCCGACCGGCAUGCAUGCCAACCUGCACAAAGCACUGGAUAACUUUAACCAGGACACCCUGGAGAUGUGCGCACGAGAAACUGAGUUUAAGAGCAUUUUGUUCGCUCUGUGUUACUUCCACGCUGUGGUGGCUGAGAGGAGGAAGUUCGGACCUCAGGGCUGGAACCGUUCCUAUCCCUUUAACACCGGAGACCUUACAAUUUCAGUCAACGUAUUGUACAACUAUCUGGAAGCCAACGCCAAGGUCCCGUAUGAUGACCUUCGUUAUCUGUUUGGGGAGAUCAUGUAUGGAGGUCACAUCACAGAUGACUGGGAUCGCCGGCUCUGCAAGACUUAUUUGGAGGAAUUCAUAAAGCCCGAAAUGAUGGAAGGGGAGCUGUUUCUGGCACCUGGGUUCCCGCUACCUGGAAACAUGGAUUACAAUAGUUACCAUCAGUAUAUAGACGACGUCCUUCCCGCUGAGUCUCCGUAUCUAUACGGCCUGCACCCAAAUGCAGAGAUCGGCUUCCUGACCCAGACCUCAGAGAAAUUGUUCCGCACAGUGCUGGAGAUGCAACCGCGUGACAGCAGCAUGGGCGAAGGUGGAGGAGUCACUCGGGAGGAGAAGGUGAAAUCUACGCUGGACGAGAUCCUAGAGAAACUCCCAGAGGAGUUCAAUAUCAUAGAACUGAUGGCCAAAGCGGAGGAGAGGACGCCGUACAUCGUGGUCGCCUUCCAGGAAUGUGAGAGGAUGAACAUGCUCACCAGUGAGAUCAAACGCUCCCUGAAAGAGCUCGACUUGGGAUUGAAGGGUGAACUGACGAUGACUAGUGACAUGGAGAAUCUACAGAACGCCAUUUUCCUGGACAUGGUGCCCGAUUCGUGGACCAAAAGAGCGUACCCCUCCAUGGCCGGCCUGGCGGCCUGGUUCCUUGACCUCCUCAGCCGUAUCAAGGAGCUGGAGACCUGGACGGGAGAUUUCGCUCUACCUUCUGCUGUAUGGCUGGCCGGUUUCUUUAACCCGCAGUCGUUCCUUACAGCCAUCAUGCAGUCCAUGGCCAGGAAGAACGAGUGGCCGCUGGAUAAGAUGACCCUGCAGUGUGACGUGACAAAGAAGAACAGAGAGGACUUCAGCAGUCCACCACGAGAGGGCGCCUACGUCCACGGGCUGUUUAUGGAGGGAGCGCGCUGGGACACACAGACCAGCAUCAUCACAGACGCCAGACUCAAAGACCUGACCCCAGCCAUGCCGGUCAUCUUCAUCAGGGCGAUCCCUGUGGAUAAACAAGACACCAGAAACGUCUACGCCUGUCCUGUGUAUAAGACACGGCAGAGAGGACCAACCUACGUCUGGACAUUCAACCUCAAGACUAAGGAGAACCCCUCAAAAUGGGUCCUGGCCGGGGUGGCCCUACUGUUACAGAUCUAGACACCUGAGUGCCUUCUGGUUCUUGGUUCUUUCAUCAGACACUAGGAGACUCUGCACCUUAUGAAGAUCCAGUAUUAGGAGCCGCCAUGUAUCCUCACAUAUAAGUUAUUUGUAAAUCUGUAAUAAUAAAGCAUUUUCUUCUCUUCCAUAAGUGUCUUGUAUCUGAUCCCUUCUCCUUCAUGAUGCAGUGCAGUA